GACUGCAGUCCAACUCUACUAUGCAUCGUAGCCAAAAUCUAAAACCUCAAACAUUGAUCAAACUUCAACCCCUUUCACUUUCACCACCAACAAUGGAGUCGCUGGUUCUGCAGCUCCACGACAUCUCCGCCGUCAAAUUCGGUGACUUCAAGCUCAAAUCGGGCAUCUCCUCCCCAAUCUACAUGGACCUCCGCCUCAUAGUCUCCUACCCUUCCCUCCUCCGCCAGAUUUCCCGCGGUCUCGUCGCCGCCGUCCCUUCCUCCUCCCGCUACGACGUCGUCUGUGGCGUCCCCUACACCGCUCUCCCCAUCGCCACCUGCAUUUCCGUCUCGUCCGGCGUUCCGAUGGUCAUGCGCCGCAAGGAGAUCAAGGACUACGGCACCGCCAACGCUAUUGAGGGCGCGUUUCUGCGAAAUCAGACUUGUCUCGUCGUCGAAGACCUCGUCACCAGCGGCGCCUCCGUCAUUGAGACAGCGGCGCCUCUCCGCGCGGCCGGGAUGAACGUCGCCGACGCGGUUGUUAUGAUUGAUAGGGAACAGGGAGGGCGGGAAAAUUUGGCAGAAAAAGGAAUUGUAUUACACUCUAUGGUGACACUGAGGGAAAUGGUCAGGAUACUGAAGGAAAAGGAAAGAGUUUCCGAGGAGACUCAGAAGAUGGUUGAAAGAUUCUUGGAGGAGAACCAAAAGGUGUCAGUACCAGCGUCAGUGGCACCAACAACUGCUGGGGUCAGACAUAGACUUCCAUAUGAAGAGAGGGCAAAAAUGGCGAAGAACCCAAUGGGAAAGAAAUUGUUCGAGAUAAUGUCACAGAAGGAGACUAACUUGUGCUUGGCUGCUGAUGUUGCAACUGCUUCAGAGUUGCUUGACUUAGCGGACAAGGUUGGACCAGAGAUCUGCAUGUUGAAAACCCAUGCUGAUACUUUACCUGAUUUUAUCCCAGAUUUUGGAUCUAAACUGCGUUCGAUCGCAGAUAAACAUAAUUUCUUGAUUUUUGAAGACCGGAAGUUUGCUGACGUUGGCAACACAGUCAGCAUGCAGUAUGCAGGUGGUAUCUUCCAUAUAUUGGACUGGGCAGAUAUAACAAAUGCUCAUAUAAUUUCAGGUCCCGGAAUUGUGGAUGGGCUAAAAUCAAAGGGUUUAUCACAUGGCAGAGGUUUGUUGCUGCUUGCUGAAAUGAGUUCUCUUGGUAACUUUGCUACUGGCGACUAUACAUCUGCAGCUGUGAAAAUUGCGGAGGAUCAUUCAGAUUUUGUUAUUGGUUUCAUAUCUGUGAAUCCUGCUUCAUGGCCUAGUGGACCCGGAAAUCCAUCCUUUAUUCACGCCACUCCUGGUGUUCAAAUGGUAAAAGGUGGAGAUGCAUUGGGCCAACAAUAUAAUACUCCAGAGUCUGUUAUUGAAGAGAGAGGCAGCGACGUUAUAAUAGUUGGCCGCGGAAUCAUAAAUGCGAAAAAUCCUGCAGAGGCAGCUCGUGAAUAUCGGCUUCAAGGAUGGAAUGCAUACUUAGUCAGCUGCAAGUAAAUGAAGUCUAUACUUACCUUGAAGCAUUGAAUCAAACACGGCUUUGUCUGGCGAGUAGCACAAGAGCAACUGUAACAGGAGCGAAUAUGAUGAACAAGGCCUGUGCAAGAUUGGGCUGAGUGAUUUCUGGAAAUAUAAUGCUUCCGUAUUUGAUCGCUGCUGCACCUGCGACGGAUGCGCCUCCUAACUGCACCAAAUACUUCACAUCUUCCUGUCCAAAUAUCCAUCCACCUACUUAGAAAUGUAUUCCUCAACAUUGUCCUUUUAACUUGAAGAAUAUCUAAUUCUUUUUAACAAGUCUCUUAUAUGUCUUA